GACGAGUCUCCCUGUUCUGCUCUUCUUCUCUCAAUUUUAGUUUCCAGUGUUAUUUUCGCAAAGGUUCCUGUUGUGCCACUCUGCAUUUAUGCCAUGAAAUCGAUUAGACCGAUUCUUUUCCCCAGAUAUUGAGGUGAUUGGCACUGCCUUGUUUUCCAAGCGGAGUCCGCUUUAGAUGCUGCAAAGAAAUAUUUCUUUCUUUUAUGUUUCUUGUGGUAGACAAACUUUGUUUAGGAUACUACGAGUUGAGUUCUUUAAUUCCUUGUUAAGAUCUCGGGAUAAUAUAAUUCUUGUGGACCCUUGCAUAACUUCUGUCUUAUAAUAUAUUUGCCUUGAAAAAGGUAUUCUUUCUUCGUGAGGCCGCUCUUACAAAAGAAAUACUAAAACCAGGUAGGUGAUUUUGCGGCUGAGAGAUUUAGCAAAGCAACCUAAUCUUUCAGUUUAGGCUUUGCCUAUGUCACAGAUUCCCUUCGCUACAAUAUCUAGGGAUUGGCCCUUGCACGCAAAUUCACAGCUGUUACAAUGUCGAGAAAGAUGUCCGGAAUUGUCGUAGGACUCCCAAUAAUUUUCGUUUCUUUCCUGGUUUCACGCUGCUAUUCUUGCACGUUCACCAUAACAAACAACUGCCCGCAAACCAUAUGGCCUGGCACGCUAGCAGGCUCAGGUAGCCCACAGCUUCCAACAACUGGAUUACGCUUAGACCCUGGUCAGGGCGUGCGAGUUCCAACUGUUCCAGGAUGGUCAGGCAGGAUAUGGGCGAGAACUGGUUGCAAAUUCGACGCGUUUGGACUUGGCUCUUGUCAAACUGGGGAUUGUGGAGGAAGACUAGAAUGUAAUGGCAUUGGAGCCACACCACCCGCAUCUCUCUUUGAGAUAACCCUUGGAAGAGGCAAUGACAAGGACUUCUACGAUGUGAGCAUCGUAGAUGGUUACAAUUUACCUCUAGUUGCUGCCCCUCGUGGAGUCCAUGGUGCAUGCAAUGCAACUGGCUGCGCUUCGGAUAUCAACAUGGGCUGCCCAAGGGAACUUCAGGUGGUAGGUGGGGAUGGUGGAGGAGGGGGAGUAGUCGCAUGUAGGAGUGCAUGCGAGGCAUUUGGGCUGGACCAGUACUGCUGUAGCGGAGAGUUUGCUAAUCCAACCACCUGCCGCCCUUCCUUUUAUUCAUUCAUUUUCAAGCGAGCUUGUCCAAGGGCUUACAGCUACGCUUUUGAUGAUGGCACCAGUACUUUCACAUGCAAGGCUUCUGAUUAUGCCAUUGUUUUCUGCCCUAAUGCAAAUGGGAUCAGGAUGUCUGAUGGUACAGUUGGUACUACAUCCGCUGCAGUAAUUCACAAACCCAACGAUGGAGAAACUGUGAAAAUGUCUUCUUCCUCAAACAUCCACCUACCUAUUCCAAUGUGGAUUCUUCUCUUCAUCCUCAAUCUAUCCUUGAAGACAUAAAUGUCCAUCUUAAUGGCCUCUUCAACACUACGCUGCAUAGUGAAUAAUAGGUGUUCAGCAGAAUAGAUUCCAGCAGAUUAAACGACAAAUCUUGCGGAUAAUACACAGUACAAGUGCUGAGCUUAAUGCAAGUGUUAUUUUAUACUAAAAAAUGUUAUUGAUUAAUUUGCUUCAUAGCUCUAUUUGAACAUAUGAUUCUUGGCAUUAUCGGGUUUGGAUUGGUCCAAUGGAGUCAAGGUUUUCUGUUAUUAUUGAUUUUUGAAGAAGCAAGCUGACAGUGCAAAGAAUGAGACUUGAGCACAUUCUCAUCGUCAUUGUUUUAACAUCCAUAUGCAUAUCUGAGAUGAAUAAUAAAAAUAUUCACACG